UUGUCCUCCUUCUUUUGUUCUUCUUCCUCUCCUCCUCUUUCUCGUCCUCCUCCUUUUCUUCUUCUUCCUCUCCUCCUCUUUCUCCUCCUCCUCCUUCUUCCUCUCCUCCUCUUUCUCCUCCUCCUCCUUUUCUUCUUCUUCCUCUCCUCCUCUUUCUUGUCCUCCUUCUUUUCUUCUUCUUCCUCUCCUCCUCUUUCUCCUCCUCCGCCUUCUUCCUCUCCUCCUCUUUCUCGUCCUCCUCCUUUUCUUCUUCUUCCUCUCCUCCUCUUUCUCGUCCUCCUCCUUUUCUUCUUCUUCUUCUCCUCCUGUUUCUCAUCUUCUUUCUUUUCUUCUUCUUCUCAUCGUUCUUCUUAUUCAUCCACCUUAUCCUCCACAUCCUUUUUCUUCUCCUUCACCCUCAUCCUCCCCCUCCUUCUUUUAAAUGAAAACCUCCUCCUUCUUCUUCAAUUUAAUCCCCUUCUUCACCCUCUUCCGCCUCCUUAUUCUUCACCCCUUACUCCCCUUCUUCACCCUCUUCCGCCUCCUCCUUUUUCUUCACCCUCUUCCUCCUCCUCUUCCUCCUUCACCCUCUUCCUUCUCUUCGUUCUUCUUCACCCUCCCCUUCUUCACCCUCUUCCUCCUCCUCCUUAUUCACCCUUUUACUCCCCCUUCUUCACACACUUCCUCCUCCUCGUUCUUCACCCUCCUUCUUCACCCUCUUCUUCUUCCUCCUCCUCCUUCUUCACUCUCCUCCUCCACCUUCUUCACCCUCUUCCUCCCCCUCCUUUUUUUCACCCUUCCUCCUCGUCAUUCUUCUUCACCCUCUUCCUCCCUCUUUUCGCCCUCUUCCUCCUUCUUCACCCUUUUCCUCCUCCUCCUCCUCCUUUACCUUUUCCCCCUUCUUCACCCUCUUCCUCCUCCUCCUUCUUCAUCUUCUCAUCCUUGUUGUUAUUAUUAUUCCCUUCCUUGUUCUUCUUCACCUUCUCUUUCUCCUUUUCCUUAUACUUAUUUUCCUCCUCCUCACCUUUUUUCUUUUCUUUUCCUUCCCUCUCUUUCUCCUCCUUCUUUUCAUCCUUAUUAUUAUUAUUCCCUUCCUUCUUCUUCUUCUCCUCCUUCUCCCCUUCCUUAUUCUUAAUUUCUUCCUCCUGA